UAUAACAAACAUUUUCUUUAAAUAAUUUCAUGAACAAGUUGUAUCGUCCUUUCCUUCAGUGGACAAGGGUGAUGAUCACAGAUUGCGAAAAAAGAUAAAGCAAAGCUUAGUAUUAACUCAGCAGUCGGUUGCUCGUGCAAUUCAAAAGAAUGAAAACAGUGAAUAUAUAGAGAAAUGGACCCAAACACUGGGUUGUUUAUAUUCUGUUUCCACUUGUCAUUCUUUUGGUAACCGAGAGGACAAUUUACUGGAUAUAGAUACCACUUUAUGAAAACUAAGUCAUUCAUUUUAACCAAAAUUGUUAUCUGAGUCUCAGCCCUAUAUCUAAGUAAAAUGUCCGAAGAAAAGAAGAAGGCCCUCAUGGAGAAGAAGAAAUCUUUUUGGGAACGGGAACUUGACGAUUUAAGGUCGCUCGAUCUUUUGAGAGCGUCACUGGCUGAAUUCCUUGGAGUGAUGUUUCUGGUUUUGUAUGGUGUAGGUGCCGGGUUGUAUCACGAAACUUUGGGAACAAAACCAAGCAGUGUCCAUAUUUCCAUAGAAACAGGAUUCUUCAUCGCUGUCAUAAUAACGACAUUGAGCACCGUCAGUGGAGGUCAUGUAAAUCCCGCCAUUAGUAUUGGCUUCCUGGUAACAGGGGGGAUAACUCUGUGUAGAUUCCUAUUUUAUGUUUGUUUCCAAGUUCUUGGUGCUAUUGCUGGUAUGGGCAUUAUAACGUUGGUAUCUCCUGUCGAAAUGCAACACGGGAGUUUUGGUGUGAUCCUGCCGGGUACAAAUGUCACGGACGUCCAAGCGUUUGUCUGUGAAACUUACAUCACCUUCCUGUUAGAUUUUGCCACUUUCUCCUUCCUGGACUCUGGAAGAUCCGACAUGGCGGGAUCGGUCCCUUUCAUUAUUGGCAUUCUUGUCGUUAUAAACGUUUUCUCAACGUGGAAUCUGUCAGGAGGCUGCAUGAAUCCUGCGAGAAACUUCGGUCCAAUGGUUAUCAAUGCAACAUAUGAUAAAGCAUGGAUAUAUUGGGCUGGACCUAUGAUAGGAGGAGCACUGGGUGCUUUCAUAUACGACCGCGUUUUCUCUACAAGAGUUUGCAAAAAUAUUCUGCAUGGGUGCAACGGCCAGGAAAGGAAAGACUUAGAAAUUUCCAAAGAAGUUCAUGUCAACGAUGCUUUCACAAUCGAGAACUCCAGAUUAUGAUCCAUGUUCAAAACAGGAUGGCAUUGAAAAAAUUGUUAUAAUCCUUGAUUUUGGAACAUUAUGAUAGAUCCAGAUUCAUGAAUGUGAAUAAUGUAAUACUUAUGUAUAUUGAUAUUAUAUUUAACAACAUACCUCUAUGUAUUUAGUUUACAAAAUACAUUCCUCAAGAAUAAAAUUAAAUGGUAAACACUGA